GCAGAAAAUCUUUAUUUUAAUUAAAGCUAUGACCUCAUUAUAAAACAAUUUUGAACUACUCCUUAAUCCUUAUAACAAGACUUAAUUAGAUGUUACCUAUUAUAUAGUGCUCUGUUUAUUUAACUUAAGAAAAAUGCAGCAAUCACCAUUUGAAAAUAUAUUUAAUAUAAUAGGUGGCUUUUCGGAAGGCAACGAAAAGCCCAUGAAACAUGGUUUUUACAACGCUUUUGCACUUUUUAUUUUAGCGAUUUGUUGUGUUGCAGUAUACGUGCUAUUUCUUAUACUCGAACCCUUUUUUAAACCGCUUAUGUGGGCCUUACUAGUCGGAUCUAUUCUCCAUCCUUUCAAGUACAAAUUAUCUAGGCAGAUAAAGUCAUGGUUUGAAAACUUGGAAAAAUCAAAUACCUCUGUGAUAUUUGGAUUACUGGUAAUCCCAGUGGAUAUUAUAAAUUUCGCCUCGGACACUGUUGGAAAUCAGUUCAAAGAGCAUUACAAAACUAUAAUAGGCCUUCUUUCUGCUAUAUUCAUAUUCCCCUGGCUGUACAACUCAAUCCCAAGAAGUUUAUGCUGCAUUUUUUGGCAGAUAACCAAUUUUAUUGGUAUCUCUACUACACUGCUUAUCAAUUUAUGCAGCUCAUAUACUACAUUGACAUUUGCAUUAGCAUAUAUCAUAAGUGUUUAUAUAUUAUGGUCACCUGAGAGAUCAGAUAUAUUCAGAGCCACAUCAUAUUUCCUAUGGCUAGUCAUAGCUAGCUACUUGGCAAGUUUGUGUGGCUCAUAUCAAGUCUACAUGUUUGUUAUGCUUCAAAUUAUUGGCCUCACAGGUUUCAUACUUGAGGUGUUACACAUUCACAAGCAGUUGCUAGUGAAAGAUCCUGAAACUUCUGUACUAGUUGCAAUGCAUAGGGUUAUGACAAAUGGAAACCAAGCAGCAGUUAGCACAAAGGAGGACGAAACUAAGACCGACAAAACUAAAGCAUCAGAUACUAUUCCAGAAGAGCGUAGUGAUAAAGAUUCAACCCCUGAUAAAGAUUCAACUCCUGAUAAAGAGAGUCCAGUGACUCCAGAUGCAAAUACGAAAAGAGGAAGCUGGACUGGAAACGAGUCUUCACAGAGUUCACCCAGACAUGCAAAGAUGUUAUUUAAAACUAGAACAUUAUCUGAUUUACCUCUAUCUAAUGUUAAAACUAAACCGGCAAUUGAAAAUCGAAUCUUAGCAUCAUAUAAACAAAGAUCCCUUGAUGAGAACUAUAUGCGAAACAAUUUUAAUAAUGACGAUGAAUCAGCUAUAUAUUUCAAGCUCCUAUUUUUUGCUUGCUUCUGUAUGUUGGUUUGGAAACAUAUUUGGCUGCUACCUGUGAUGGUGUUCUUUUUGGCAAUUCAUUUUAUUAAAUGGUUGCUAAACUUUUUUGGAGUAUGGUUGUUUUUUGAAAACUACUACAAUAAUGUGAUGGCUAAAGUUAAAGGCUGGUGGGGAGACAGGAAAUCAGCAUUAGUUCCGGCGCAUAUUCGUGGCGUCUCCAAAAUGCUGUCUAUCUGUAACAGCAGUGUUACUGAAAUGGCGUAUGACUCGGUCGAUACUGUAUCUUCUUGCAUUGUGAUCAUUGGCCUCAUAUUUUUUGUCACUGUUGCCGUUGUCUUCGUCUGCAUACAGAUAUAUUCCGAAGCCAUUGUAGUAAUCCAACUAAGUGGCAGCCUUUUGAAUAGUACAUUUGUUCAACAUAGUCCUCUGCAAACAUACUUACCCGAAGGAUGGGAGGAGAAACUCGAUUCACUCAUUGAUGAUGCCUACACAUAUGGGAGAGAAGGAAUAUCUACUGCUGUGAGGAGUAUUCUCAAAGAAGGCGAUCCAGACAAGAUUGGGCGCGUAGAAGAGCAAAUAUUGGAAAUUUGGGAUAGAGUGUACCAGAGCUGGGUGUCUUUGCACUUCCCUGGGAACAGCGGGCCGCAAGUUGACGGCUCUGCUGUGCAGGACUCAUGGGACAAUUUUGUUACUAACGUUUCUCACACACCUGGUCUGUUCGAUUACACCGGUAUAGUGACAUGGGUAUACGCGAACGUUGGCACGCUCGGUGCGAUCGCGUCGAGUGCGUGGGCGCCGCUCGCUAGCAACGCCUCCCUUCUUGCCGGCUCGUUCGGUGCCGUCACCUCGCUGCUUCUCUGCGGUGGCGGAGCUAUCAUCAAUAUGUUCAUCAACCUGGUGGUGUUCUUCACGACCCUAUUUUACUUGUUGGCUUCAAGUAACGCCCUCUACAAACCAGUGGAAGUUCUCACCAGGGUUCAAGCCAGUUUCGGGCCAAGGCUCGGGCUUGCGCUGUCUGUUGCCAUUAAUCAGGUGUUUAGGGCGUCAUUCAAGAUGGCGUUAUUCUACGGUCUGUGGACAUGGUUGGUGCAUAACCUUUUUGGAGCUAAAGUUGUCUAUUUACCAUCAGUUCUAGCAGCGAUCCUCGGUGCAGCUCCUUUCCUUGGGCCAUACUUGGCUGGCAUUCCAGCUGCGCUAGAUGUAUGGCUCCAGGGAAGACCGAUGGCAGCUUUGCUCCUGCCCAUAGCACAGGCCGCGCCUAUCGCUUUCCUGGAUGCCGCUGUUUAUGCCGAAAUCAAAGAUGGCGGUCACCCGUACGUAACUGGUCUGGCAAUAGCAGGAGGCAUAUUCUACUUAGGUCCCGAGGGAGCCAUUUUAGGACCACUACUAUUAUGCUGCCUUAUGGUCAUCCUCAACCUUUCAUCUUCGUUCUUAAGGGACACUCCUUCUGAAGAGCGCGCAGCUUUGCAUUCACGUGUCAGGCUCGGUGCUUACCUAUGAUCGUCUUGCAUGGGCAACUAACAUAGGGAACCAACCGCCACUCUUAAAUAUAUGCGUAACGCUGCUACGUGUAUGUUGUACUCGCUAAUUCGUUCUACAAAUGCAUGCUAGAACAAGUUAUUCUCUCUAUUGUACAAGCGCUUGUGGUAAUUACGUAUGCUACAGAGAAAUGCACAAAAACUUAUUGCUACGUCAACACCCAAACAUAAUGGGUGAAGCACUAUGGUUGCUCUUAGAAAUGUUAACUAUUUUCCUAAUUCAAAAUACUUUUUACAUCCUUUAACAAAAAUCUCAAUUUUAAAAUUAUUAUUAUUAAUGUGAUAUUAUGGAAAUAAUAGCUUUUAUAGCUUCAUUGAAUAAUAUUAUAAAGGUAAAUAAAUUUUAAUACCUAAAAGCAAUAGCUAGUCGAUAUUUAAUUUUUUUUUCAUCUUCUGUUUUAACUUUAUUACAAUUUCCAACAAAUUUUAACUAGGAUCUGACUACUCUAAUUUAUUUACAUAGUAGUUUUACGAAAUUAACUGACUGGCGUUUAGCCUUUGUAAUAAGUUGUUUUAUUUAUUUAUUUAUCAAAUCACCAAAAUAGCUUACUAAGCGACGCUAUAAUUAUAGUUAACGACUGCAUUCACAAAAACAGGUUUUUUUGACAAUACUAAGUAAGAAAAAAGUGAAAAAAGUGCAGUGUCUGUCCGUAAUGUCGGAAUAAUUGCCUUAGAUUGAGCCGAGGGGGCUACCAUUGAAGUUGUAUGUUCCUACAGUCCUAUUAAUUAAAGGAUCAAUAUUUAACUAAAAUACUCCUAUGCUGCUUCCAGCUAGCUACAAAUAUUCAAUGCAAUGCUAACAGCAUUUAUUUAUGUUAUAUAUAAUCAUUAAUUUGUGUAAGACUUUAAUAUAAUAAUAUUUUUGCAAACACUAUCUAUUAAUUUAUUCAAAUAUUCUAUUUUAUUUUGUUUCUUUAAUUUUGUUUCUUACUCAUUACUCUUACUAUUACUUUGAAGUCCCUAAAACAAUUUACAUUUUAUUGUAAAAAUAAUUGUUAAAAAUACAUGUGAUUUUAAAAAUGGUGCUUAAAUUAAUUAACGUGUCAAAUUGAUAAAUUGCUGCCAUUAUUUAUAAAAUUUAUAAACGUGAAAAUGCAAACUGAAGUGCAUUUGUUUAUCAGUUAAAUUAAUUAAAUAUUAAAGAAAUUAAAUAUUUCAUGUUGUCAUAUUUAAGCUGUUAAGAAUCAAAGCAGUAAAUAUUUGAAAUCUAAUGUUAUGAUUAGUGGAAUUAUUAUUUAUAAGUUUCUAAGUAUUAAACACUAAAAAGCUACAUUCUAGAUAAUUUUCAGCUUUCAGAGUUUGCAUAAGUUAAUCAUUUUUUGCACAUUUCUAUAAUUUAAAAGUUGAUUAUAAGUAAUAUAAUUUCUUGGUAGCUAUAUUGCCUGAAAAACGGUUGCUUGAAAAAUAACACAUAAUAAUCGUUUAUCGACUGAAGUUUAAUACUUGUUAUUUUUAAAUAAUUUAUUUUAAACCGAUGAACCAAAUGAUGUUUUUAAGUGUUGAAAGUGAAAUUUUUAUAUUAUUUAUAAUAGAACAUACUAAUUUGCAUUCGUUACCAGUACCUACCUACCUAUUUGAAAACAGCCCUUACCAGUUCGAGAAACAUCGUCCAAAGAUUAAUUUAUAAAUAUAACUUAUUAUAUUUCUAGUAAUGAUUGUUUGCUAGAACUGCACGCAUAUUAUCGAAUUGUAUACCUAAAUAAAUUUAUUAAUUUGC